GUCUUUUGUCUCCCAGCCUUGUCUUUUUCCUCUUGUCUUCUUUCCUUCUUCAUGCCAUUAGCCAUGAUAUUAAUCCCUUAAUUACUAUGAUACCCUAUCAAUUGCCCCUUUUGGCGAUGGCACAAGCAGCGCCUCUCCCCUCUCGAUUCGGCGCCUUCUGCUUCCGGCCGGCGCCUCCUCCUUCGUUAGGUAAGCGCCUCUCCUCCUUCCAUCACUUCUUCGCCCGCUCUCUCCUCCCCUUCUGCUCCCUCAGCGCCCCCAUCCCUUUUUCGCAGGCGCCUCUCCCCUCUCGAUUCGGCGCCUUCUGCUUCCGGCCGGCGCCUCCUCCUUCGUUAGGCGCCUCGGCCCUCUCGAUUCGGCGCCUUCGCUGCUCCCGGCCGGUGCCUCGUCCCUCGUUAGGCGCGAUUUUGCUUUUAGGUUACGGUAUAUGCAUUUCCACAAGUAGUUUGGUAGUCUGGAUCAGUGGCGCCUUUCUCUUUGUAGGCGCCUUGCGAAAAGUAGCGAAGGCGCUCCUUUGUAGAAUUCCCUUUGGUGAUUUUAAUGUGAUGCUGCUUGUAGGCUCCUUUGUGAAAUUCCUUUGUUUGCUCGCAGGCUUCUUCCAAAAGCACUGCUCUGCUUACUCGCGCCCUGACACUUUGUUUGCUCGCAGGUUUCAAUUUCAAGGCGUCAGAAGCGCCUAUCACAGCACAGUCACGGGAGGCAACGGUUUUUUACCCGCGCGUUAUCGGCUUAGGCGUUGUACACGCUUCUCUUCCAAGGUUGACUUCGCUGCUUACCACUCACUCAUGGCCUCCAACAAUUCUCAACCUUCUGCGUCUGCAAGAGGCGCCUCUGCCUCUAAGAAAGGAAAAGAGAAGGCGUCCUCAAGCAAAGUUAGGAAGAUGGUGGAUCGAACAGUGUAUAGACGAUCCAAAUGGAGACUCGCCGAGAUUGCUAGUGACAUCGAGGAUGAUCAGUCAUAUACCCGCCAGGAGGUGCUUACUGAAGAUGAUGCGUCAAGUGCGGACUCCGGCCCUCGUCCGCCUUCUCAGAUGGUUACCGAUUCAGGCUAUACGAUUUUGCCAUGGCGGGGUAUGUGGGGUGGCGAGGUGCCUCCCUCUUCGGCGCGCCUACUGGGUCCUGACAAGCGACCCAGCAUUCAACUUCAUCGCAUUGUAUCUUAUAUCCGCGGCCUCGGUUACCCUACGGAUUGGGGAUAUGCGAUUCCGGAUCGUAAUGCUCGCAUCGGGAGUUGUCCCGAGGGUUGGUUUGCGGUUUACUCGGAGUAUCUGAAGUGUGGUUUGAAAUUCCCCUUGGAUCCUAUUUUGUCGGGUAUUUUGGAGAUGGUUGGAUGCCCUCCUAGCUUCCUGUCCCCUUCGCUUAUCUUUCACACUUGCGCCUUCCGACUCAUCUGUAAGCGCCUAGGUUACACCCCUUCAUUCUCUAUCUUUCGUAGCAUAUAUGCAUUGGAGCGGGGUAAGCAUGGCUGGUCGGCGGUGAAGCGCGAUAGUAAGUACCAGGGGCGGGUUUGCAAGGGAUCACCUAAGCUCCCUAGCAAAUGGUAUUGCUCUUACUUCUUUAUUAGGCCGACCCCCGGCACUUGGCAUGCGCCAACUUCGGCGCCUCUCUCGACUCUGUGGGGUGAGGGUUCGGAAGAAACUUGGGCUAAGGCUUUUACCCUUGCGAAGUCUGAGCGGGAACAGAAGCACCACAUUCUUCGUGCUCCCCCUGUGGAUUUUGGGAGAAAAGGGGAGAGAGCGCGCGCCCUGGGAGAACUUUACGACCAUGAUUUUGACUACUCGAGCCUAGCGAAGAUGACUAAGACGAUUCCUGGGACUUCCAGAGCUAGGGCACAGAAGGCGCCUAGCAUCCCUGCCGAGCGAACGCCCCGUUCAUCUGGCAAGGCGUUUGAUGAUGUCGAGGAGGCGUCUCCUCGACUGUUUCCUUCCUUGGGGUCGCGCGACCCUCUCCCAGAGAAGACCUUAGGCAAGCGCCAUGCCUCGGCUGACUCUCCCAUUGUGGUUCCGAAGAAGAAGAACAAGCCGAGCCUUGGGAGCAUUGAUGAGAUUUUGGCACCUCCUCGCUCACGACGUGCCGUAAAGCCGAAGGAGCCUGUUCCAAUCUCUCCGUCCGCUGCUCUUAAUGCUCCAAGCGCUUUUACUUCGGCCUUGGAGUUGAAGAAGUUCCUUAAGGUUCCCCUUGACGAGGGUACCUCUCCUGCAGGCUCGGCGUGUCAGCACUUGUUCCAGGCGAUGCUUGAGGUGAUUACUCUUUCUGACAAGAGUGCGGAGAAUCGGGAUCGUGCCCAUCAGAACUUUCUGCAGGCUUCUCAGUUGAAAACUGACAAGAUCACCCUCCAAGGUGUUAACUCUCGUCUGGAGGAUGAGUUGGCAUCGGUGAAGCGACAGCUUUCAGAUGCCUUGGCUGCUGAGAGUGUUUCUGCUCGUGAAGAGAAAGAGAAGGAGAUAGCCUUCCAGGCGAAGCGGAUUGAUACCUUGGAGAAGGAGCUGUUGGCGAUGUCUGCCGCUAGGGGUCACCAGAAGGAGGAAUUUAAGAAGAGACUGAUCAAGGAGCGUGAAGAUGCCGUAGAUACCCACUUGUCAUCAGCGGAAUUCCGUGAGUGGCAGCAGAACCUGCUGCUCGGAGUAAAGAAGAGGGCUUUCAUCGGCAUUCGCAAGAAGGUCCGCUCCGAUAAUCCUGACAUGAAGUGGGAUACUCCGGAGGUCUGGCAGGCUAUGGAUGACUACUUCCUCUCCCUUGGUACGGAUAACGAGCCUUCUGACUCGGACCCGUACCCCUUAGACGAGGGUGACUCUUCUGCCGAUGAUGUGGAGGUUGACGUUGAGAAGGUUGGGGAAGAGGGAGUAGGUGACAACGUUGAUGCCAAUGCUGGUGCCGGGGAAGGUGGUGGGGACGUGGUUGCUGUUGAUGGUCAGGGUGGCGCCUCGGAUGGUGGUACCGAUGGUGACUCUAGCUCGUCCGACAAUCAUUCGAGCAAGUCAGACUAGUAGAGUUGGGACGUUUUUUCUUUUCCUUGUUCGUUUGGACUUAGUCACUUUUUAUGUUAUCUUCUGCUCAUUUCUCCUUUGCAUGUCUGUGGAUGUUUUAGCCUUCGGGCUGUUAUUUUGGAACAGCGUUAUCAGUAAGUUUUCCGUUUUCUUGGACCUAUUGUGAAUGUUGUUUCAUUCCUGUCAUAUAUUUGAUAGGAAGUGGUAACGCGCCCAGGCUCUUUCUU